AUGCUCGCCCAAUUUAACUUUAAACCAGUUGGACCGAAUCAGCUGGAGAUUGCGGCUGGAGAUCAUCUUGAUUUGAUACAAGCACAUGACGACGGUGGAAAUCCAGAAUGGAUUUGGGUACAACGACCGAAUGGAGAACACGGCUUUGUGCCUUCAGCGUAUUGUAAAGCAGUGUAG